AUGGCUUUUAUGGGAAAAGUAGUACUUGUAACAGGAGCAAGUUCAGGUAUAGGAAAAGAAACGGCAAUUAAAUUUUCAAAACUUGGUGCUAGUUUAGCACUAUGCGGUAGAAACAAUACGGCUUUAGACAACGUUGCAAAAAAAUGUGAAGAAUUAAGUAAAAAAGAGCCAUUGAUUGUUGUUGGUGAUAUUACCGAUGAAUCCGUUCCUAAUAAAAUUAUUAAAAAUGUUAUCGAUCGAUUUGGAAAGCUUGAUGUUUUGGUAAAUAGUGCGGGAAUUAUUGAAAAUGGUACGAUUGAAAAUACAACUUUAGAGCAAUUUGAUAGAAUGUUUAAUAUAAAUGUUCGUUGCGUAUUUCAAUUAACAUCACUGGCUGUACCUCAUCUCAUUAAAACUAAAGGGAGCAUUGUGAAUGUUUCAAGUGUGGCUGGUUCUAGAUCUUUUCCUAAUGUUUUAUCCUAUUGUAUGUCAAAAGCCGCAAUAGAUCAAUUUACAAAAUGUACAGCACUCGAACUUGCAAGUAAAGGUGUUAGAGUGAAUGCUGUCAAUCCAGGCGUUAUUAUUACUGAACUUCAUAAGAGAGCAGGAAUGCAAGAUGAAGCAUAUAAACAAUUUUUAGAAAGAUGUAAAGAAACUCAUGCUUUAGGGAGACCAGGAGAAGCUUCUGAAGUUGCAGAUUGUAUUGCUUUUCUUGCCAGUGAUAAUGCAAGUUUCAUUACAGCAGAAAAUGUACAUGUUGAUGGUGGCCGCCAUGCUAUGUGCCCAAGAUAA